GCGGGCGAGCUGCAAGAGCCGCGCAGCAGGGCAGGGAGCGCACAGGCCGGUGCGCCCUGGCACGGAGCCCACCUAGGGGUGCGUCGCCUGGGGCCACAGAUUGCAAAUUGAGUUGCAAAGCUGCUGUCCACGUGGACUGGAGCUGACAUCGCCCGCCCGCCUGCCAGGACCCACGUGGCGUCCAGGCCCCGAAACAUGGCGACCGACAGCAGCAAGGUGGCAGAUGGGCAGAUCUCCACGGAGGUCAGUGAGGCCCCAGUGGCCAACGACAAGCCCAAGACGCUGGUGGUGAAGGUACAGAAGAAGGGGGACCUGCCGGACCGAGACACCUGGAAAGGACGCUUUGACUUUCUCAUGUCCUGCGUGGGCUAUGCCAUCGGCCUGGGCAAUGUGUGGCGAUUUCCCUACCUCUGUGGCAAGAACGGCGGUGGGGCCUUCCUGAUCCCCUAUUUCCUGACACUCAUCUUUGCGGGGGUCCCGCUCUUCCUGCUCGAGUGCUCCCUGGGCCAGUACACCUCCAUCGGGGGCCUAGGGGUGUGGAAGUUGGCUCCCAUGUUCAAAGGAGUAGGCCUGGCUGCCGCCGUGCUGUCCUUCUGGCUGAAUAUCUACUACAUCGUCAUCAUCUCCUGGGCCAUCUACUACCUGUACCACUCCUUCACCACGGCGCUGCCCUGGAAGCAGUGUGACAACCCCUGGAAUACAGACCGCUGCUUCUCCAACUACAGCGUGGUCAACACCACCAACAUGACCAGUGCCGUGGUGGAAUUCUGGGAGCGCAACAUGCAUCAGAUGACAGAUGGGCUGGAUAAGCCAGGUCAGAUCCGCUGGCCUCUGGCCAUCACCCUGGCCAUCGCCUGGGUCCUGGUGUAUUUCUGUAUCUGGAAGGGUGUCGGCUGGACUGGAAAGGUGGUCUACUUUUCAGCUACUUACCCCUACAUCAUGCUUAUCAUCCUGUUCUUCCGUGGAGUGACACUCCCGGGGGCCAGGGAAGGCAUUCUCUUCUAUAUCACCCCCAACUUCCGCAAGCUGUCAGACUCUGAGGUGUGGCUAGACGCGGCCACUCAGAUCUUCUUCUCCUAUGGACUGGGCCUGGGAUCUCUGAUUGCUCUUGGGAGCUACAAUUCUUUCCACAACAAUGUGUACAGGGACUCCAUCAUUGUCUGCUGCAUCAACUCUUGCACCAGCAUGUUUGCAGGCUUCGUCAUCUUCUCCAUUGUGGGCUUCAUGGCCCAUGUCACCAAGAGGUCCAUUGCUGAUGUGGCGGCCUCAGGCCCUGGGCUGGCAUUCCUGGCAUAUCCGGAAGCUGUGACCCAGUUGCCCAUCUCUCCCCUCUGGGCCAUUCUCUUCUUCUCCAUGCUCCUGAUGCUGGGAAUUGACAGCCAGUUCUGUACCGUAGAGGGCUUCAUCACAGCCCUGGUGGAUGAGUACCCCAGACUCCUUCGCAAACGCCGGGAGCUCUUCAUCGCCGCUGUCUGCGUUGUCUCCUACCUGAUUGGCCUCUCCAACAUCACCCAGGGGGGCAUUUAUGUCUUCAAGCUUUUUGACUACUACUCGGCCAGUGGCAUGAGCCUGCUCUUCCUCGUCUUCUUUGAAUGUGUCUCCAUCUCCUGGUUUUAUGGAGUCAACCGUUUCUAUGACAACAUCCAGGAGAUGGUGGGCUCCAGGCCUUGCAUCUGGUGGAAGCUGUGCUGGUCCUUCUUCACCCCCAUCAUUGUGGCGGGUGUGUUCAUUUUCAGUGCUGUGCAGAUGACGCCGCUCACCAUGGGAAGCUACGUGUUCCCCAAGUGGGGUCAGGGCGUGGGCUGGCUCAUGGCUCUGUCUUCCAUGGUCCUCAUCCCAGGAUACAUGGCCUACAUGUUCCUCACCUUGAAGGGCUCCCUGAAGCAGCGUAUCCAGGUCAUGAUCCAGCCCAGCGAGGACAUCGUGCGCCCCGAAAAUGGCCCCGAGCAGCCCCAGGCCAGUGGCUCAGCCAGCAAAGAGGCCUACAUGUAGGGGUUCGAGGCUGCUCACAGGCCCCUCGCAUACACCCCUCAACCUGACUGAACCGACCACCCCUUGAAGUCUGAAGGUAGUCUCCAUCUCUACCUACCUCGAGCGGCACGUCUGGACAUUAUCAGCACUCUGAGCGAGGGGGGGGUGGGAUGCAUUCACACCGGGAAGGGGGUGCCCACGAGGGCUGAGGGCCCAAUGGCACCAGCUCCUUCCCAGACUGGUGACCUUUUCCACCCAGGCCCCCAUAAGAACCCAGCCCUGGGCCUAUGGACUGUUGCCCUGUAGAAUUCCUCCCAUCAGCCGUGAGCACAAUCCUUGACUGUUCCUUUACUGCCGAAGCCCACGACUGUUACCAGACUUUGCAGGGUCCUGCCACCAGUGGGCACUGCUCUGUCCCCACACUAAGGGCAUCUCGAAUAAUGUGAUUUCCCUGGAGAAACUCGCUCUGAAGUUGCCGGGAGCCCACAGAGCUGUCUCUCCUCUUCUCCUUCCUGAGGCAGCUUAACAAAAAAAAAAAUGCCCAGGACUUCCAUCACUUCCCCACCCCUUGCCACGGGAGUGGGGAUGUGGGGGUCCUCUUAGCCCAAGCUGAGCCCAGUGGGGGCCAGCUCUUGGCCCCUCUCUACCAGGUCAACCCAUAGCACCUGGCUCUCCACCAUCUUUCCAGAGGCCCCUUGGAAAACUAUCACAAGCACAAUUGAUUGAUUUUCUUUGGAGUCACCAAUCUAGGGAAAUGUCCCUGUAAGAGUCAGUCCCAUUUUCUCUUAGGCUGCCCCCUUGUUUUGCCAAACACAGGGCAAGUCGUUAUGUAAAUGGUCUGCCCUUGAGUCGGACCCGAUCUGGCUAUGCCUCCGGCUCCCUCCACUGUGGCCCUCACUGCCACCCUUAAAACUCUUGUGUCCCCUG